AUGUCGCCCACCACCCCAUACGUGCAGUCCGGGGAGCCCCUCAAUGAUUUCCUUCGUUCAUUUUGGCAGCGGCAAGUGGAUGCAGCAGAGCAAGAGACACCAGAUUACAGGCAUCCUCCACUCCCUCUCGCUCGCAUUAAGAAAGUCAUGAAGAGCGAUCCAGACGUAAAGAUGAUCGCAGCAGACGCACCCAUCUUAUUUUGCAAAGCGUGUGAAAUCUUUAUUUCGGAAAUAACUGCUCGUGCAUUUAUUAUUGCUGACUCAAAUAAGCGUCGAACACUGUCGCGUGCUGAUAUUGCCAAGGCGCUUGCGAAGUCAGACCAAUUCGACUUCCUCAUAGACAUUGUCCCGAGAGAGGAGGGGCUUACGGGAUUGACUCAGAGUGGUACAGGGACUGGUGCUGCGGGAGGAUCUGGGUCGAGUAUGACGAACUUAGUCGCAGGUCCAAGUCAAGCUGCUUCUCAUCAGGAUUCUGAACACCAUACAGGCGAUGAAUCUGGCAAUUUGCCCUCGGCAGUGGUACUGGAUCAGCUGCAGUCCCUAUUAGCGCCAUCGAACGCAAUACAUGCACCGUGACCCACUCAAACAUCCACCGAAGUAUAGUAGUUCACAUCAUAGAUUUGACAUAGGGUUGCGCCGGGUUGCGCAGGAAGGUCUCCAUUUUAACAGCAUCACAGCACUUUGCGGUAGGACGUUCGACAUCCACUGUCAUACCUACACCGAUUAGAUUUGCUACACCGUGCUCUGCCCCUAGUGAGCCAAGGGCCUCCUCAGAACCAUAGUCAGCAAUGGAAAGGUCAUUCCUGUGGCAUAUUUUAUGCUAUACGGUGUCGUUGGUCAACAUGCACUGCAAGCGUGAGAAAUAUCUUAGAGGAAC